UUCUAGAAUAUUUUAUCGCUGAACAGUUGGCAACCCUGAGACGCUUUCCGUUCUGCUGAUUUCAAUUGUUGAACUUGCCUGCUGUUUGUCAGUUUGCAGCGUUACUCUCUGACAAUACUUUUGCACGCGUGCUGUCGUACGGUACCCUACAGUCGCAGAACCGCUGGUGCAAGGCAGCCAAAUAUUCUGGAUAUUUUCAACAAGACGUCAUCAAGGUUCAACGGUUAUUAAAUAACUCAUUAACUGGAUCAGAGGAUAAUGGCUACGGAUGAUGAAGUAAUUCGAAAGCGUCUCCUGAUAGAUGGAGAUGGAGGCGGGGAUGAAAGAAGAUUCACUACUUUGAUGAAACUCUUUAUGAAAUGGUGCAAUACUGAAUCUUCAGAUACUGAUCAUCAGACACUACAAAGAAUGCUAUCAAUUCUAUCUCAAAGUGAAUUUGCAAUGACGAGGGCAACUUAUGUUCAUGAAAUGAAUAAAAAGCAGAUGAGAAAGUAUGAAAAAAUACAGAACGACAUUGACAACAAUGUUGAACUGGCACAUCAUGAGAUAGAGAAAUGUAAGAAUGAUUUGGAAAAAGCAAAACUAGUACGAAAGAACAGACAAGAAUAUGAUGCACUGGCUACUAUCGUUUUACAGCAUCCUGAUCGGAAGAAAACGUCUAAGGAACUAGAAGAUUUGAAUAAAGAAUUAGAAGAAUUAACAGAAACAGAGAGAAAACUUGAUGGAAAACUAGUGAAAAGGAGAAAACAAUUUCAUGCUUUGUUGACAUCAAUACAUCAUCUACGAGAAACACUUGAAGAGGAUGAAAUUGAAGAUCAAGAAAUGGAAAUUGAUCAACCAGACUCCAGUAUGGAUGCAACAUGACAUAAGGAUGUGUUAAUCUGAUAUUUUAAGAUCUCUGGCAUUGGGUAGUUUGCACUAAACUUUGAUUCAAAGCUGAUGAAAAUUUUGAAUCUUACUCCACAGCAUUCAGUGGAGGGACAACGAAGUCAUGACUACAAAAAGUUUGAUUUGUGCUUAAUUUUUAAUUUUUUACUCUCGUGCCAGUUUUUGGUAUGUUGGAAAUUUUGAGUCAACUUCCAAGACCAAAUGGAAAGAUGCAACCAAUCCCCCAGCGCUGUUCACAAUAUAACAGGAGCAGGCCCUGGAGAUAAGUGCACCUAAAUUUUGAAAUACAUUUUUAAAAUAGAA